AUGGAAGCAAACAGUCAGUAUGCUCGUAUGGACUACUGGGACGAAAGAUUUAAGACGGAGAAGAAUUUUGAAUGGCUCAGCGGUUUAGAUGCCUUCCAGCACCUAAUCACUCCUCUCAUAUCUAAAGAUUCAAGUAUCGCACAUGUUGGGUGUGGAUCUAGUCAAGUUUCGAUGCAGUUAUGGGAUUUGGGCUAUACGAAUAUCACAAACAUCGACUAUUCGCAAGUUCUCAUUGAUAAUGGUAGCUUGAAAUAUCCAUGCAUGAAAUGGGUGGCAGACGACAUUACAAUACUGAAAAACUGCGAAUCCUCUUCGUUUGAUGUUGUUUUCGAAAAAGCAACAAUUGAAGCGAUUCUGGUCAACGAGAAAAGUGCCUGGGAGCCAUCAGAUUCAGCGCUCCAAAAUCUUGAAAACAUCUUUUCAUCGAUUUGUCGAGUAUUAAAACCAAAUGGAAUGUUCAUAUCCGUUUCAUUCACACAACCCCAUUUUCGGGUUCCGGCACUGCUUCGGGAAAGAAAUUGGUCUAUAGAAGUGUUCGAGUUCGGAGAAACUUUUCACUAUUAUGUUUACGUCUGCAGAAAAGGGAACAGUUCAAACAGUGAAUUAGCUCAAAGAUAUAGUUCGAUUGCCAAAUCAUGGCUCCGACCUCUGUGA